AUGCCGAUUGGUGUGGAAUUUACCGCAGCACGUGAGAUUGGGCGGAAAGGGGCGCGGUUACAGUGGUUGUGGGAUCAUACAGGUGGCAGUGCAGUGGCGCAAAGACUGGCGGCAACGUUCUUGAUCUGCGGGGUAGACUGCAGCAAGCUUGGAGAUAGCGCGCCCGCGGAGAGCCUGUGGCUCCUAGAGCCUCCAACAUAUCGUCAACCAACGCUCCAUAGGGCACACAUGGAUCGCACUCAACUCGAACGGCAAACACUUUGGAUCCCCAGCUUCGACUCCGACUUUUCCGGCAACAGAGGUGGCGUGCCAGCGCAGGGCCAGCCUACUGCGGCGCAGCCUACCCCAACCACGGCCGGUCCGCAUAGUACCGACACGAUGAACAAGCUGGAUCCGACUGUGGAUAGCCAAGCCGCCCAGCCGCAGGCGCCAUAUAGAGCUGCCUAA